AUGUCAAACCCAUUCUUGGCUCCCGAGGAACGUACAAAUGUUUGGGGUCAUGCUGCAUCGACUGAAAGGCCAGUGUCAGGCGCCUUUGUCCAACCUGAGCGUCCCACAAAUGCAUACAACAAUGCUGGAUCAAAUGAACGUGAAUUGCAGGAGCGAGAGAGAAUUUUAGCUGCUCGUGAAAAAGCUGUAACUGAACGAGAACGAAAAGCAGAAGAAGCUGGCUUCAAACCACCAAACUGGCCUAAAUUCAGACCAAUUGUGUAUCAUGAUAUUGAGAAGGAUAUGCCUACGCCAGCUGCCAAGGCUUUAAUGAAGCAGGCAUUCUCUCUAUGGCACAUUGGUGCAGCUUCCUACGUGAUGAAUUUUAUUGCUGCGUUCUCGCUUCUCGUCACCAAAGCCGACGGUGCUUCUCAAACGUUUGGACUCUCUUUGAUGAUUAUGCUUAUUGGAAUCCCGGUAUCUUUCAAUUUCUGGUAUAUGGCGCUUUAUAAUGGUGUUAAAAGAGAUAGGUCUAUCAACUUCUUUCUGUUCUUCGUGAACUUUGGAUUCCAUUUGGCUGCUGCCAUCUUGCUGUCAAUCGGAAUUUCCGGGUGGGGAGGUGCAGGCCUUAUAUAUGCUCUGGCUCAAUUCAGUAACAACAUUGGAUCAGCCGUGCUGUGUGUCAUUGCUUUCGUCGUUUUCGCUGUAGAGAUUCUGUACGGACUGUGGUUUUUGAAGAAUGCAUCGUUCUAUUACCGUAAUCAGGGUAUGACGUUAGCUAAGGCCCAGGAAGAAGGAAUUCAAGCUGCCGCCCGCUCAAAGGUCGGCCAAGAUUUCGCUAUGGCUGGUGUCAAGGCUGCUGCUACAAACUCCACUCGUUAA